AUGAGUUCAAUGGAUACUUUAGCUUCUGUAGGUAAAGCUACAUUAAAAGGAAUUGGUAAAGGUAGUAAAGCUGUUGCAAAAGCUGGUCAUAGAACCUAUAAACAAAAUGAAGCUAAAAGAAAAGGUAUAGAUUAUGUUGACCCAUACGCUGAUAAAGAUAAAAAUAAGGAUAAUUCAGAUACUACUACAGAGUCUAUUGAUGCAGAUCCAAAUUCAAGAGAAAGUAAAUAUGGCGUUCAUCAACCAUUAGCUCCAUUACCUUCAAGAGACCAAUUGCUGAGUUAUCAAGCACCUCCCAAAAGAAAUGUGAAUGCUAAUGCCCCUCCAAAAAAAGGAGCUGAAACUUCAAACUAUCCGAAAUCACAGUAUAAUAAUCAAUAUAACCAGCAGCAACAACAACAGCAACCAGCUCAAGAUCAAAAUUAUCAACAAAAUCAACCUCAGUAUGGUCAAAACCAAAAUCAUCCUCUACAACAAAACUAUCAAAGCCAAUACGGUGCUCAACAACAACAAUAUGGACAACCUCAACAGCAACAGAAUCAAUAUGGUCAACCACCACAACCUCAACAACCUCAAAAUCCUCAAUAUGGACAACAACAACAAUGGCUGCAAAAUCAGCAAUAUAACCAACUACAGCAACAACAAUACAAUCAACAACAAAGUGAACAAUACAAUCAACAAGAUCAACCAGCCCCACAGCAAUACGGCCAGCAAAAUCAAGUACAUCAAUAUAAUCAAGCUCCUACGCAAAAUUACCAAAAUCAAACUAAUCAAUACGGACAAUCACAACCUCAACAAAAUCAAUAUGAACAACAAAAUCAAUAUGGACAACCACAGCAACCACAACCAAAUCAAUAUGAACAACAACAAGAAUAUUCUCAACCUUCGUACACUUCGAAUCAAUAUAAUUCUCAACCACACGAAUAUCAAGAGAUUGCACCACCCAGUUAUAAUGAUCAUACUCAAGAUCAACCAAAUACAAAUUCAGCUCCACUGUUAAAUGAUCAAUUAAAUCAACAAUUGCAACAGCAAUUUAACAAUCAGCAGCAACAACAUCAAGUAAAUCAACAAUUUCCACCCGCACAAACUCAAUUACCUCAAAGAAGUUCAACAUUACAACCUCCAACAUUACCAUCACGUAGUUCUACAACUUCAAGCAUAUCUCAACAAUCUCAGGGUGCAAUAAAUCAACAACAGAAUUUUCACGCACCAACUAAUGAAGCUUCAACAACACUAGGACCAAAAGUUUUCAAACCUGUACCUGAUCCAACUUCUUUUGCUCCACCUCCAAGAAGAAAUGAUAUUGGAUCACCACCUUCUCAACCACCAAGAUCAAAUUCAACAAUAACUCCAGUGAGAUCAAAUGUUUCAACAGCAUCUUCUACAUCACCACCACCUCCACAACCAUCUAGAACAAAUAUAGAUAUCAAUAAAUUUGCACCACCACCUAAAAUCUAUAGAAAACCGGGAGAAGAAAUAAUUUUAAAACCAAAAAAUGAUUCUUCAUCAUCAUUACCAAAACCUAAACCUCCAAAACCAAAGAAAUUGAAAAGUGAAAAUUCAAUAAAUCAAUUUGAAGAAGCUCCACCAAAACCAAAAAGACAUGUUGAAGAAGAUGAUGAUUAUGCAGCUCCUCCAAAACCUAAAAGACCGAGCGAAGAAGAAGAUUAUUCAGCUCCACCAAAACCACAACGCCCCAUUGCAAAGGAAGACACUCCACCACCAAUGCCGCAAAGAAAAUCAAUUAAAAAAGCACCACCUCCAAAACCAAUUAAAAAAUCAACAACUACUAAUUCAAAUAAUGAUGUUUCAGAUGAAUUAAACAAUUUGUUUAAGAAAAUGAAUACUACUAACGAACCAAUAAAUGAGAAACCAGCUGUCAAAGCAAAACCAAAACCUGUAGUUGCUCCAAAAGCUGAAUCAAAACCAAUUAAAUCACCAGAAAUUGCUACAAAACCACAACAACCAAUAAAAUCACCAAUAAAAUCACCAAUUAAAUCACCAUCACCACCUCCAGUUCCAAAGCAUAGAAAUUAUACUCGUCAAACAAUAUCAGAACCAACACCACCGCCACCUCAACCACCACAGUUAGAUUUAGAAUUAAAUACACAUUGGUUUGCAAAGAAUAAUGGAAGCUUACCUAAAUCACUAGCAGGUUUAAAUUAUCAAAUGUCCGGAUCAAUAAGUGGAAAUAAUCAUACAAAGUCAAUUACAAUUAGAUUAAAAGACUUGAGCCUGAUUACAUAUGUAUUCAAAUGGCAAGGAUCAAAUUAUGAUAAUGUCCAAGUAACAAUUGAGAAUUUCCGUCCAAGUCCAAUAAUAUAUAACAAACCAUCAAAAUCUGAUUUAAUUUCAAAUAGUAAUCAAUUUGGUUCAUAUAUUGCAUCAUGGUGUUUUAAACAUAAAGGUAAGACAGUUGGUCGUGGUGAAUGUUGGGAUUUAGCUAAAGAAGCAUUAUCUAAGGCAUGUGGUAAUCAUGCUUUCGUUUCAACUUAUCAUCAUCACGGAUAUCCAAUCUUACAAAUUGGGAAUCAAGGUAAUGGAAUUCAAUUCUUGAAUGGGACUACUUCUCAAUUGGAUGAAAUCAAAGCUGGUGAUAUUAUACAAUUUAAAAGUUGUACUUUUAUUGAUUCAAGAAGUGGAGUUACUCAAACUGUGGGUGCUCCAGAUCAUACUUCUGUUGUUGUUGGAAAUACAGAUGAGAAAUUGUUAGUAUUGGAACAAAAUGUGAAUGGGGUUAGGAAAGUAGUUGAUGGUGAAUAUACUUUAAAAAAUUUGACAAUGGGUGAAGUUUACGUAUAUAGACCAAUAGUUAAAGAAUGGGCUGAAUAG